CCCCACUUCUAGGGGCCUGGCAAUCACCCAUCACUGUCCAUCUCAGACCAGGAGUUCUCUGAGUAAAGCCUCAUAUUCUGCCAAAUUACCAUGGGAUGGAAAGAGGGAGAGAGAGAGAGAGAGGGACAGGGAGAGAGAGAGGGACAGGAAGAGAUGGGAAAGAGAGAGGGAGAGAUGGGAGAGGGAAAGGUGUCCACCCUCACCGAGACACCCUCACCCUGCACGGGGCCCAAUUCCACAGCCAAGCCGGGAGGAUCAUCCUAAAGAAUGCUUUAGAAAGAAAGACAAAACUACUACAGGACAGGAGGACUUUAGAACUAAAGUUAAAAUACCAUGGGCACCAACUCAAAAACCCUCUAGCUCUCACAAGAGUUGGCCAAAUGUACCCUCACCCUGCCAGAAUCCUCCACCUGCGAGAAAUGGCCCCCAGUCAUACUCCAAAAAUAUCAAAGGCGCGCACUCACCCUCAGCUCAGACUAAAUCUAAAGUACCAGAGGAGAAGACAGACUCUCAGCACAUCAGCUCCCCCCCUACAACACAGAAGGUCCCUCAGGAGUCAGUGUCCCCUCCCCUGUCCCCCCACUUCAGACCCGGCCCCAGCAGUCCGGAGCUCAUCCAUGCCAUUGUGAGUGCCAUGGGCUAUCUGCUUGGUGUGCCACCCACCUCCAUCCCUGGCCUCUGCCCUUCACCUGAAGACCCUGGUACAUCCUCCACCACUGACCCAUCAGCUUUUAACUCAGACCCCAUCCAGCCCCCCUGGACUGAAGAACUACGACUCAUCCGGGAAAGACUCAGUGAGCCUGGCUUAGGGCUCAACCCCCAGCCUCCAGACCACACCCAACCAGCCUCCAGACCACACCCAACCAGCCUCCAGACCAUACCUAACCAGCCUCCAGACCACACCCAACCAGCCUCCAAACCACACCCAACCAGCCUCCAGACCACACCCAACCAGCCUCCAGACCACACCCAACCAGCCUCCAGACCACACCCAACCAGCCUCCAGACCAAAGGACACACACACACAGGACAGAGGGAAGAGAGGCCUGCACAAUCAAUGGCACCAUCACUGAGAAAGAAUACAAAGAUGUGAGAGGAGAUAGGAUGAAGAUGAGGAUACUGUAGCAUGCUACACUGCAGAGCUGCAAGGAGUCAGAGAGCAGCUGUUCAGACAGGACUUGACUGACUGACUGGUGGAAUCAGAAGAUGUUCACGUUAACAGGCUGAACAUCUGCUCAUACACCUGGGUUGUGUUUCUAACUCUUUCUCUGGAUAUAAUGAUCUAAUAAAUACAGAGUCAAAUACUUUAUGUACAUAUUCAUUUGCUGUAAGUACUGGCAGAUCAGCUCUUUGAAUUGAUGAUUUCAAUUCUUGUGAUACUGGUUUAAUUUUUAGAUGGAUUUGAUCUUGCUUUCAUUUUGACAAGCAGUUAGCUGAAAAAUACAGGAAGCUGGGCAUGCUGAAGGUUGCACAUGUGACCACAGGAGGGCAGUCUCAUGCCAACCUAAUGCAAAUCCUAGUCAUAAUGAAGGGAGAAAUGAAAUCUAAUGUACAAAUUGUCAAAACAAAUGUACAGAGCACUGUGCUUUUGAAUAAUUUCUAUGUGGA